AUGGAAUCUGUAGUUCCACUGUAUAGGGCUGCUAUCGAUCUACAAGAUGAUGACAUUCUUGUGCCGCCUCCGGACGAGCUCAGUGAGGCUGCUUACACUAAUACCAAAUUGGAUCACAUAUAUAAAGAGAAUGAAAAUGAUAAUGAAGACGAUGAUGAUAAUGAUAAUGCUGACGAGAUUGAAAAUGGAAAACAAAAUGAUAUUGAAAGUUACGAAAAUUACAAUAAAAUCAAUGAACCACACGAUCAUGGCAAUCUAGAUACUUACACUGUCAAGUCAGCAACCUCUUCCAACUGGAAGUUGAUCCGUGUCAUGGCUGGUGCUCACCAGGGCUGGGUACGGUCAGUUGCUGUAGAUCCUGUAACCAAUAAGUGGUUUGUAAGUGGUUCUUCAGAUUCUACGAUCAAGAUAUGGGAUUUAGCUACACUGAAGCUUAAAGCUACUUUAACUGGGCAUAUUAUGGGGGUAAGGUCUCUAGCAAUAUCUAAGAGGUUUCCAUAUCUAUUUUCUGGUUCAGAAGACAAGACAGUUAGAUGCUGGGAUCUUGAACGAACCAAUCUGGAGGCUGGAUGUCAGAUCAGGGACUAUCAUGGCCAUGUAGGUGGCAUCUAUGCUAUGGCAUUACAUCCAGAAUUGGAUUUGCUUUUCACCGGAGGCCGUGAUGCAGUCAUUCGAGUAUGGGAUAUCCGGUCAAGAAACGAUAUAAUGGUGCUUACAGGUCAUAGAAGUGAUGUCAGCUCUAUUGUAAGUGAAAUAGGAGAUCCUCAAGUGAUCACAAGCUCUAUGGAUGGAACUAUACGGCUAUGGGAUAUACGGAAACAAACUACUUCGUUAGCUAUAACCCAUCAUACAAAGAGUAUUCGACUGAUGGUGAUGCACCCGUUUGAAAUGACACUUUGUUCUGGCGACUCUAGUGGAAAUUUGAAGCAGUGGCUUCUUCCUGGAGGUGAACUCUUGAACGAAUUUGGUAAAGCUGAUAAUAGUAAAAUUAUCAACUCGUUGGCCAUCAACCCUGCUAGUAAUGUGUUGUUCAGUGGAUACGACAAUGGGAGAAUGGAAUUCUACGACUACGUAAGUGGAAAUCUUUUGCAAACUGAUAGAAGCACGCCGCUAACGGGAUCAGAAGAGUCACCCAUAUAUGCCUCUACAUUUGAUAUGUCUGGCUUGAGAUUAAUAACCUGUGAAGGAGACAAAAGCAUUAAGAUCUGGGGAGAAGAUAAGUAG